AUGAGUAGCCAGCAACGUGGGCCAGGACACAAUGGGUCGGGCCAAGCUCUGCAGCAGGUCUCGCUCAUCAUCGAUUCCGAUCCCGGAGUGGGUGAGUUGUUGGGGGGUUUGGAGCGCAGCUGGGUCACGUCCAUGUGUUGCUUUGGCUGAGCAACUCCAUUUGUUGCAUUCGCUUGCAGAUGACGGUGAGGCAAUGCGUGGGGUGGGGGGUAAAGCUGAAGACAUUCACAUCCAAAUUGACGUUCUUUCGCUUUAACCUCUGCGCCUGCAGUGCUCGCCUUUAUCCUAGCGCUGGCCCUGCCGCACGUUACUGUGAAAGCCAUCACACUGACAUUCGGCAACACUGAGCUCGCGCACGCCUUUUCCAACGUCGCGCGCACCUUCAACGUUCUACACGCUCAUCUCUCCUCCUCCUCAUCCGCUCCUCCAUCCCUCAAGGCUCGUUUCUCGCACUCCUUGGGUGAGGGCGCGCCGAGCAUCGAGCUGGCCAAAGGAGCAAGCGGCCCCAUCGGCGGCAAAAAAUUCACCGCUGGUUAUUUCCACGGCAAGGAUGGUCUAUCGGGAGUGUCGAAAGAUGAGAGGUUUCCUGCGCAGCCUGUUCCUGCCCCUCUGAAAGCCACGGAUGAACCAGCGCACAAGGUCAUACUGAAACACCUCAGGGACAAUCCCCCUGGCGCCAUCCGCAUUGCGGCGAUUGGUCCAGUCAGCAACCUCGCCUUGGCUUUUCAGGAAGAUCCGGUCACUUUUGCUAGAGUGGCCGGCAUCUCCGUCAUGGGUGGCGCGCUCGACGUGCCUGGCAAUACGUGCGCAAUGGAACCCCGUGCAAGCCCGGCAGCCGGAGCAGCGAGAAUGUAUGCUGACCAUCGAUUCGCGCAACAUUUCCAGGUCUCCGCUCAGCGAGUUCAAUUUCUAUGCCGAUCCUUGGGCCGCUCGAGCUCUGAUCGUGGACGCGCCUAAACAUCCUGUGCUAGCCAAUGGCGACAAUGCGCUGGGGUGGCGCCGGUUGCCCAUCGAUCUGCUUUCCCUCGACAUUACGAGCAAACACUUGGUACCCUUUGGUCGCCUUUGCAGCGGUCAAGGUCCUCUCGGUGACUUGUGAGUUGAUGCGACUCAUUUGCGAUCUCACAACGAUGAGGUGGAAGCGCUCGCUUGACUCACUCGACCUUCUUCGCCCCCAAUCUCUCUUCGUCUUUCUCGCGUGUGAUGCGAUUUGUUUCACUCCCCCCCCCCUUCCCCCUCUUGCGCCCUAUUUUUGCGGGCCCAACGCCUAGCAUGGCAACGAUACUGAAGCGACCCAGACAGGUGACCAACUCAUUUGCACCUGCCGGAAGAGACUUUGAUGCGAGCAUCGACGACAUGUUCGUAGCGCACGAUCCCAUCGCCGUCGCACAUGCCUGUUUCUGUUCCUCUUCAGGAUCGGCGUCUCGCAACGCCUCUUCCAAAGAGACGCGCAGCUAUGCCUCUCAAAAUCGACCAGAGUUCGAUGGGGAGUGGAGCAUGCGGGUCAGAAGGUUCGGUAUCGAGUGCGAGGGGGAGUUGACUAGAGGUUGCUGUGUGGUGGAUAGAAGAGCUAGCGUGAAUUCUGCUCAGGGAAAUGUGGAUCCAAAAGAUGCCAGUCUGGGCAAAGAUGAGGAAUUGGAUGAGGAUCAAAAGAGACCGGAUACGAGGGAAGGAGAUGUUCAUGUGGUCCAAGUGAGUCGUGGCAUCGCAUUGGGACAAGCCAAAACAACACUGCUCGGCUCGUAUCGGAAUUCCUCUGACCCUAUCUACGAACCCUCGCCUCAUCUUCAGCAAUCUCCCGGAUGCGCAUGGUUCUCCAACAUAUUUUGCGACGCUUUGGGUGUCUAG